GUGGUUGAACAGUGAUCAAGUCAAAAUGUCUUUUAUUGCACCUGAUCCAACUUCUUCUUAUUUGCUCGGGGGUGAGCGUAUCUCUGGCAAUGAAAUCCGUCAGCAGAAUGUAAGAGCCGCAUUGGCUAUCGCAAACGUCGUCAAGUCAUCUCUCGGUCCAGUUGGUCUUGACAAAAUGUUGGUAGAUAACAUUGGGGAUGUCACAAUUUCAAACGACGGUGCAACUAUUCUCUCUCUCAUUGAAACUGAACAUCCUGCAGCUAAAAUCUUAGUCGAUUUAGCUCAGCAGCAAGAUAAAGAAGUUGGUGAUGGUACCACUUCUGUCGUUAUUGUCGCUUCUGAGCUCCUCCGUAGAGCUAACGACCUUGUUAAGAACAAGAUUCAUCCUACAACUAUCAUAACUGGUUAUCGUUUAGCUUGCAAGGAAGCUUGCAAAUUCAUGCAAGACAACCUCAGCUCAAAUGUAGAGGCACUUGGUAGAGAAUCAUUGAUAAACGUCGCAAAAACUUCAAUGGCUUCAAAGAUCAUUGGAAGUGAUGACGAAUUCUUCGCUAACAUGGCUGUUGACGCUAUGCAAGCUGUCAGAACAAUAAACCCACGUGGUGAAGUCAAAUACCCAGUUAAAGCUGUAAACGUACUCAAAGCACACGGUAAAUCUGCUACUGAAUCCCUUUUCGUUAAGGGUUAUGCCCUCAACUGCACUGUUGCUUCACAAGCCAUGAAAACACGCAUAAACGGCGCAAAGAUCGCUUGUUUAGAUAUCAAUCUUCAAAAGCAACGUAUGCAUAUGGGUGUCCACAUCACUAUCGAUGAUCCAACUCAACUCGAAGAGAUUAGAAAGAGAGAAUCAGAAAUUACAUUAGAGAGAGUUCGCAAGAUUUUAGCAUCAGGUGCUAACGUAAUUCUCACUACUAAGGGUAUUGAUGAUUUGUGUCUUAAGGAAUUCGUUGAAGCUGGCGCAAUGGCAGUCAGAAGAUGCCGGAAAGAAGAUCUCCGUCGUAUUGCAAAGGCAACCGGCGCAACACUUGUUUCAUCAUUGGCUAACUUAGAAGGCGAAGAAACUUUCGAAAGCUCACUUUUGGGUAACGCUGAAGAAGUUGCUCAAGAGCGUAUAAGUGAUGACGAACUCAUCCUCGUCAAGGGUACAAAGAUCGUCAGUUCAUCAUCAAUCGUCUUGAGAGGUGCCAAUGACUACAUGUUGGAUGAGAUGGAGAGAUCCCUCCACGAUUCUCUCUGUGUUAUAAAACGUACCCUUGAAUCAGGUAACGUUGUUCCAGGUGGUGGUGCGAUUGAAUCCGCACUUUCCAUAUACUUGGAAAACUUUGCAACUACAUUAGGAUCAAGAGAACAAUUAGCAAUUGCUGAAUUUGCUCAAGCUUUACUCGUUAUUCCAAAGACCCUCUCCGUUAAUGCUGCUAAAGAUUCAACUGAAUUGGUUUCAAAACUUCGUGCAUACCACAAUGCUGCACAAUCAGCCCCAUCUGGAGAUCCUAAGAAGCAAUUACAAAAUUACGGUCUUGAUCUCAUAAAUGGUACAAUCCGCGAUAAUGUCAAAGCAGGUGUUCUUGAACCUACAAUUAGUAAAAUUAGGAGUUUGAGAUCUGCACUCGAAGCUGCAACAUCUUUAUUGCGUAUUGAUGACGCUCUCAAGAUGGCACCAGCUGAGCCAGCCGAUGACGGUCACGGACAUUAAAGUUAGCAAUUUGGUGGAGAUAUCAAGAGUUGUAAAUAGCUGAGAUUUUUAAAGAUGAAAUUAAUAAAUAUUCCUUUUCUUUGCUAUUUACAUACUAAACCUCUGAUGUACUUAGAUGGUAACAAAGGAGGCACAUUUAAUUGAGUAGGAAGAGUGCAGAUUAUUUGUGAUCGUGUUAUGACUUCAGAAGGUGAUGUGUGAGAUAAUUUAUCAUAUUAAGAAUUGUCUAUGAUUGUGUGUUUCAAAUAAAUCAACAUAAACCACCUAAG